AUGAACCCCCCGUACUGGAAACCAGACGAAAUCGAGACCUCCUUCCGUCCUGGUGCCAAUGAACACAAUUUCAGGCCCUCUGAGCUGGACUUCGUUGUUCACCAGCCAACUACUCCCCAAGCAAGAUCAGCGGGCACCUCUCCCCAGCAACAACACCAACCGCCGCCAAUACCACACGCAGCGCAGUCAGUUCCUCCUAGUUCCUCCCAAGCGCAUAUUCUGCCUCCAGCAAAUCAGCUUCCAACGCCACAAGCGACUUCUGUUCCGAAAAGCACGGUGCAUUCGACUCCUGCUGCCCUUCUGGAUAGUCCAGGGUUAGAGCAAGCUCCUGGCAGAAGCAACUCUGUGGAAGAUGCGCUAAUGGGCACGACGAGGAAGGUAUCUACGACGAAAAGAGCAGUGCAGAACAGAAACGCUCAGCGAGCUUUCAGGCAGCGUCGAGAGAAGUACGUGAAGGAGUUGGAGGCACGAGUGGCCGAGAUGCUGGAGUUGCACAAGAAGGUGGAGGAUCUACAACGGGAAAACAGAGAGCUUAGGGACUACACGAUGGCACUUCAGAGCGAGUUGUUGAAGUUGACGCAUAAUAUGAACAAUGACCACAAGGAUUGA